AUGAAAGCGAGUGGUCUAGGAGAUGGUGCUGCUAUGGCUGCUGUGGUUGCUGCUGUAGCUGCUGCAAAAAAGAAAGCGCCAGCCCGGAAAAAAGAAGAAAAAGGAGGGGCGUGCACACUGCAACACAACAGCAUGGCUACAUGUCGUUGCAGCAGUAUUUUUGGCAUGAACUACAAGCAGCAGCUCCUACUACACUGCACUCCUCUGUAA